AUGUCUAAGGCAACGUUUACUCCACAGAAUUAACAUGUAGAAACGUUUAGACUACCCAGCGGUCACACCAUACCUGCUGUUGGAUUGGGAACAUGGAGAUCUGGUGCUCAAGCCGCUAACUCCGUCUUCACUGCUAUUGUUGAGGUUGGAUACAGACAUGUGGAUACAGCUCCAGUGUAUGGAGUUCAAGAAGACGUAGGGUUUGCAAUUAAGGCGGCCAUCAACACAGGAGUGGAGAGGCGGGAUCUUUUCAUCACAUCUAAGAUAUGGUGCACAGAUUUGUCUCCGGAGGGGGUUAGACCUGCACUGAUGAAAACUCUUCAGGAACUACAACUUGACUACCUUGAUCUCUAUCUGAUCCAUUGGCCGGUUCAUCUGAAAGAUGGAGCCAGCAUGCCUCCAAAGGCUGGCGAAGUUUUGGAGUUCGACAUGGAAGGAGUUUGGAGAGAAAUGGAGAAGCUUGUCAAGGAAAAUCUUGUUAGAGACAUUGGCAUAUGCAAUUACACGAUUAAGAAGCUCAAUAAACUUCUGAGUUUUGCUCAGACAAUGCCUUCUGUGUGUCAAAUGGAGAUGCACCCGGGAUGGAGGAACGAUAAGAUGCUGGAGGCUUGCAAGGAGAGGGGCAUCCAUGCAUAUUCACCCUUAGGUUCGCAAGGUGGACGAGAUCUGAUCCAUGAUCCGACGGUGCAGAGGAUAGCACGGAAGCUGAACAAGAGCCCUGACCAAGUGCUUAUUAAGUGGGCUCUCCAGGGAAGAACAAGUGUGAUCCCCAAAUCAAGCAACCCCGAUAGGAUAAAAGAGAACAUUAAUGUGUUUGGGUGGGAAAUUCCAGAGCAAGACUUCCAAAUUCUUAGCAACUUCGCAGAUCAGAAACGGGUGGUGGAUGGUGAAAGUUUCUUUGUGAACAAAACUGAUGGGCCUUUUAGGAGCGUGGAAGACCUCUGGCCCUCUGGGACAAUGAAGACUAAUAAUAAACGAUGUGCCUAUAUAUGGUUUUAA